AGACGCAUGUUAAUACAAUACAGUGAAAGUGAAAGGCUACAUUGGGUCCUUAGGUUUAUUGAGGGUCGGAAUGACGUUACGCAGGCCGUUGGCUGUCCGGCCGAGGGCUGGAAUGCAGAUGUUUUAGGCGACCUUGACCAUUUGUUUAAAGAAAAUUGAGUAUAUUUAAAUUGGAAAAGAUGAAAUCCGAAACAAUUGCUAUUAGAAAUAAAUAUUAAUCGUAAAUGUGAUAAUGGAUAAUUUUAUGGAUAACAAAGACAAGAGGAAGAGAGGUAAUAAUAAACGUGAAUUAUGUUUAUUUUAUUCUAAAAUUAUAUCCUUUGAAAAAUUAUUGUUUACAAAGCAAAAUAUUCGGACAUUAAUAAUAAUUGGUCAACGAGACAUUGGCUCUUUCAAUGCUGUUUCACAAUUGAUGGAAUUGCAGGAAUUAUGGAUCGUCGAAUGUGGUAUCAAGGACGUACCACGGUUCAAAGAAAAUUGUUUAUUAAAGAAGCUUUAUUUAUAUUCCAACGAAAUACGUUGCAUACCAAAUUUAGAAGCUUGUUCUCAUUUAAACAUUUUGUACUUAUCAGGAAACAAUAUACACAAACUUGAGAAUUUGGAUACAUUAACAUGGUUACAAGAACUUAAUUUAGCUAACAAUAAAUUGGAAAGAAUAAAUAAAAUGUCUUGGAGAAAGUCUGAACUAUGUAAUUUAAAUUUAGCAGGAAAUCCUUUAUGCUUUAUAAGGAAUAAUCAAACUUAUUUUAAGAUUGAAACUUACAAUGAAGCACAAAAUAUAAUGCUACAAAUGAAAUUAAAUAAAAAGCAACUCAAAGAAAUGGAAGAAAAACUAAUCUUGCAAUCUAAAGUACAAUACCUAUUUUAA